AUGAGGUGUGACUUCGGCGCCACUCAUGAGGAGGGAGAUGUUAGUUUGGAAGGCCAAGUAGUGCCCAAGAGGGAUACCUUUCGAUAUUUGGGAUCGAUACUACAGAGAGAUGGAGAUAUUGAUGAGGAUGUUAGUCAUAGAAUCAAAGCAGGAUGGAUGAAGUGGCGCCAAGCAUCUGGCGUCCUUUGUGACAAGAAGCCAGCGUCUGUGGACCGGCUUAGUGCGCUGCCGAAUGAGCUCAUCCACACCGUGUUGUCAUUCCUCCCAGCCCCGGAAGUCGUGCAGACAAGUUUGCUGUCACGGUGGUGGAGAAGCCUUUGGCGCUCUGCGCCCCGCAUCAACCUCGAUAUGCAGGACUUUGGGAUCCCCAUGAUGAGCAUCCAUGAUGGUGCCCUGGAGGAGAAGUGGGCCAGGUUUGAGAAUUUCGCCACCAACCUGCUGCUGUUCCAUGAUAAUACUUCGCCCUUGGGUGAAUUCCGGAUUUCAUCUCGCAUCUAUAACCAGCGUCAUGUGGACCGGUGGAUUCGCCGUGGCAUCGAGUACUGCCCUUCUGUGCUCAAAAUUCAGAUACUGAUUUGUCCUCGCCUCAACUUCCCACCAAUAAUGGGCUCAAAUUUUUGUCAUCUUAAGACGCUGCAUCUUCGCAAUGUGGAUUUGGGUAGCCAUUUCACGGGCCUGCUUUGUUCUGCCUGCCCUGUCAUGGAAGAUUUGGAGCUUGGAAAUUGCAGGUUUUUUGGCAAUUCUUCUCAAGGCAUUACAUCACCCACACUGAAAAAGUUGGAAUUAGACUGUUGUGUGUACAGCACAGGUUAUCCGUUGGUGAUCACCACUCCUAGCCUCGCAAAUCUGUGUCUCAUAUAUGGAUGCUACCAAUCUGGUAUUUCUUUAUGCAAGAUGGAUUCCCUUGUCAGGGCAGAGAUUUAUGUAUUAAAAUACCAAAAAGCUUUGUCUCAGCAUUCCCAGCAUGAGCUUCUUUGUAGCCUCAACAACGUGACAAGCUUAAAGUUGGUGGGUUUUGAAGUGGAGGGGAUGUUGAAUGAGAAGUCUCAUAAAUUCCCAACAUUUCACAAUAUGCGAACCUUGGACCUUCAUACCUGUUUUCUUGAUGAUUAUGAACUGUACGACAAAUUAGUGGCUUUAGGGAGCUUUGUUGAGAGCGCACCUUGUUUAGAGAAGCUUAUUUUGAAGUAUUUCAUGUUCUAUCUGCUUUCUGAUUCAGAGUGGGAGAUAGAAAGGAAAAAUAUCACUCUGCGCUGCCAGGAUGGAAAGAUUUUCCAGUGUCCAAAGCUGAAGUUGAUUGAAGUCAUCUACGAUCACGAUUAUAAUCACCAACUAAUUGAACAUUUGCGGAGCCUCGGGCGGAGCCUACCGGAUGCCAGCAUUUCUUUGCGCAAACUUCCGUGAGGCAUUUGUCUUUGCACAUUUCAUAGCAUGUCGAGUGGACGUGUAUGUGCGCUGUGGGCAUGAAUUGGCUACAGUUGUUCAGAUUGACUGAGUUUCAAAAUGGAUUUACAUUUAUUGUUCCUGGUUGGAAUCAAUUUUUUGUUUCGAUG